AUGAGCCAUGGCGAGGCUCAACGAAGCACCAACGUCUUCGGACAGCCUCGAAACGCAGAGUUGGAAAGUGAAUGCGCUCUCAUGCUGUCGGAGAACUUGGAGCUGCGAGGUCGCAUCCUCGAACUUGAGAAGCAAGUCGAAGACAAUGAGGCGAGGCGAAUCGCAGACCAUGCCUUGGCUAUCAAGGCCAAGCUGGAAUCGCAACUGACGGAAUGGGCGACGCUUCUGUCGGGCUUGGGCUUGGAGCCCCCUAUGAAGAGACAUUCUCCUCGGAUUCGCAAAUCUAUCAAGCAACGGAUGAGCUUCAUCGCCGGUAGGCCUAGCCCGUCUCAACGGAGGCUGCGCGAUGUUGCAAGGGAUAUUGAAGAGCUGGGCCACAUUUCUGAGAACAGGUCAUCUUCGCGGCGAUCCCUGAACCCGGAGCAAAUUCGAGCUCUGAGAUGUGAAGCCGAGUCCGCUGAGCUAGAGGCUCCCGCCGAAGAACAAUAUAUUGAACAAGAGCCUGUCAAAGUCGACUCUCCACCACGAUCUACAUUGGCAGCAAAGGACGUGUCAAGUCCGAGGAAGCCAAUAGAGCCCCCGAUUUUACUUCCAUCUCCCCGAGCCAGAAAAUCAACCCCUGUGUCGGCAUCGUCGCCGGAGAAGAAGAGAACAGAACCCGGCCAUCGUCGACAAAAUGCCGUACCACAGCCCGGCACACCGGCACCCGAACAUAUUGCCGCCUCGGUCAAGACUGGAUCAAAAAGGAAGUUCGCACAGGAUGAGAUAGAAAGCACGGCACCCCGUCAAUUGACCAAUGAGAAUACUGUACCGCGAGGUAUGGCAGACAAGGUAUCCAUCCGAGAGAAAGCUGGAGGCAGGACAUUGAAGGAACUAGCGCACAUGAGGAAGGAGGCCCGAGAGAAGAAUGUGGCCGCCGGCAAUGGUCGUAGACCCCUUGCUUCGAAGAGUACCAACGACGAUGUUGGCACACCUCGAAAGAACCCCAAACCGACUGCAGUAGACGAGGUUGCCACAGCAAAAGCAGUGUUGGCAAAGCCAAAGCCAGUCAAGCAAACAACAAAAUCCAAGGCCAAGAUGGACGCUGCCGCCAGACCGGCAUCUGUCCCAGCUGCGAAAAUUGUCCUAGCAGCCGCGAAGCCGGUGAUGGCUGACCUGGCCACGACGGUCUCGGAACCAGUCUUGUUGUCACCGAAUUCGCCGGAACCGGCACCAGAUGGGGAUGCCGCAAGAGGUGAUACUCCGCCACCUGCUGAUAUCUCUUUGAAUGGCGAGACUUCGCGGGCGAGCAGAAGGAAUAGGACAACCAUCAGCUACGCUGAACCAAAUCUUCGAGACAAGAUGAGGCGGCCAACCAAGGAGCUCUUUGAUGCAGUGGCGGGAGAGGGCAAAUAUGCCCGAAGAGCGAGUCAUUGCGAAUCAUCAACGGCCGAAGGUGCCAAAAUCAAGCGGGAAUCUGAUGUCAUACCUGCUGCCGGCGAGGUUGCCGCGCCGGAGCCGGGAAGCAUUCCAGCGAGUCCUCUAGCGAAGAAGAGCUUGGCCCAAGGCGCAUCCAUGGCGGUCAUUACGGAACGCCGCCGGCCGGCCUCAAGAGCGCCCGAUUUUGCCGCGGACCUCGACCCUGAAGCAGAUGAAAACGAGAGUGGCGAGGUUGAUGUUUAUGAGUUUACUAGCUCGUCACCACAGAUCGAUAGCAACGCACCUGUGGAGACGACCAGGGCCACACGACACCGGGGAACAAAUACGCGACGACGAUCGGCAGCUGUUGAUAGUGAGGAGAAUAGUUCUGCCAGGGAGCGAAGUGCGUCUCGCCGGCGAAGCAUGAUGGUAUAA